UAGCCACAGUAGGUGUGGUUCGUUUACAAUAAUAAUAAGAGGUGAGAAGGAGAAUCAUGUUUUACUGCUACAGCGGCAGCAGUAGCGACCCCAGUGACGACAAUAAUGAUGACUCAGACUAUACUACGGGUUAUUAUAAACCUAAGAAGAAGAGGAAAACCACAAAAAAAGGUGGCAGAAAGCCAAAGACUGCAAUGAGAGAGAAUGAUUCUUCUACUUCAGAGUCACCUCCUCAACUGCAAGAGCAGCAGGCAAGAGCCCCUCAAUCAGCAACAGUCCCUCAGUUAGUAACAGCCCCUCAGUUAGUAACAGCCCCUCAGUUAGUAACAGUUCCUCAGUUGGUAAUGCCUACCAUUCAGCUUUGUGAUCCUGCUCAGCUACCUCUCCUUCAGUCCAGCAUACAAAGCCAGGCUGUUCUAGCCAUCCACAGAGCUCCUUCCAUGAAUCAGAACUCAGUGGUGCAGGGUCCCUGUGGGCUUCCACCUGAAAUGACGAUUAUUAAUUCUUGCGGCAAGCAAGGGGUUUUUGCAAUAGCUCGCAUAGAGAGCGGAGUAAGAUAUGGGCCGUAUAAAGGACUAAAGAUAGCAGAAGAAGAUCUAAUGGAAGAAACUAACAAUUUUAAUGCCAUGUGGGAGGUUAACUGUGGUGAGUCUACAUAUUAUGUUGACGCACACGAAGCUGACAACUCUAGUUGGUUGAAAUGUGUAAGAUUUGCACGAAACAAGGAGGAACAGAAUCUUGUUGCAUUCCAGCAUCGAAGGAACAUUUAUUAUAUGACAAUAAAACCAAUUCAUCCAAGCAGUGAACUACUAGUGUGGUAUGGUGAUCAAUACUUGCAAGAGAUUAACACUGGAGAUAGUGCUGAGUCAUUUGUAUGCAAAGGCUGCUCGACUAGUUUUAUCUCUUUUGACGUUUUUGAAUUGCAUCGCAAGACUUGUUCCUCUACUCCUUAUUUUAGUUGUCGGAGAUGCGAGAGAAAGUUUCCCAGCUUAUUCCAGUACCAUGUUCACAUUCGAGACCACAGAGAGAGUCCAUGCAGGAAACCAGAGAAAUUCCAAUGUAACAUUUGCAAUAAACUCUACACAUCUCGGGUUGGUCUCAGAAACCAUCAACAAAGAAUGCACUCUGAGGAAAAACCAGAGAAAUGCCCUCACUGUGAUAAAAGGUUUGCCCAGAAGGGAGAACUGAGGCAGCACAUGCAGAUACAUAAUGAGAGACAUUUAAAGUGUUGCUUCUGUGAUCGAAUGUUUGCAUAUCAGACUCUGCUUGAUUGUCAUUUGCGUUACAAUCACACCGAGAUCAAGAAUUACCAAUGCUACAUUUGUGGGAACAGAUACAAGACUGCAAAUCACUGCAAGCUUCACAUCACUCGUUCGCAUGGAAGCAUCCAAGCGGCGGAACAGUAACAAUACGAUUGCUUAUUCAUUAUUAUUGUUUAUCCAUUUUUGUUUGAUAAUUUUCUGCCCACGUGCUUUCACGUGUUGCAUAAUAUCAAUUGAAAAGGCGGGAUUUUCAUCAAUGAAUAUUGUUACUGAUAGGUGUCAAUCUCAUAAAGUGUUUAAUUCUCCCAUCAUGGAGAAGGCCACAAGUGAGGCCAAAAAGCUUCUCCAAGCAACAGUGGAUGGUCUAACUGUUGAUCAGGUCCAAGGCAUUAAUGAUGGGCUCAGAUGCUACGAGGAGAGUUUGAUGACCACAAAAGACAGGACAGCACUCCUUCAAUACUGGGUGGCGGUCUCGAAAAGAAACGUGGGCUUCAGGGACUGGCUCACCAUUCAGCUUCACUCCAUAGACGGACCUCAGGUAGCUACUGCUUUUGAGCAGCUUACGACUGGCGCCUUGGAGACAUGUGCAAGUGACGCUUGUGUUAUCGAAGAAGAAGAUAAUUGGAAGACCAGUACAGAUAAGAUAUCCACCCGACACUGUAUUGCAAUUAUCCUCUGUUUACUAGUCGGUAUAGCACUAAUAGUGUUAUCCCUUACUGUCUACUUACCUGAUUAUCUUUCUGCUCCUAUCCCUCCUCCUAAUGCCACAUCAAGGAUAUUGGUAGCUGAAGAUGUGACCACGAUAGUCGGGACUUAUCCUUCUUCUGUCUCCUCUCAGCUCUUAGUCAGUGAAGUCGUCAAAAGAGGAGACGACUUUCAUACAUGUUAUAUUCUUAUAGUACCUUCAUCCAUUCUCUCCUAUCAUCAAAGAACCCAAAACGACUCGUUCAAUUCCACGACUAUCAUAGAUGGAUACCCUGUUAUUAACUAUCGUUAUGUCUACAUGAUUAAGGGGUCGUCCCUCUCCAUACGAGCUUGUCUUGGUAACGUCUCUCGCUCGCCCGAUGCCGUCCUGUAUGUCUUUAAUAACGAGUCUCAAUACGCUGACUAUGUUAAGUAUUCUGUAUCAGAUACGGCCGUCUACAGUGCUUUAUUGAAAGUCGGUGGGCGUGGACAAUCAGAGUGUACUAAUGUCUCUUUCACCGCCCCCUCAUCUGAUUUCUACUUCUUCAUCAUGCUCCUCCCAGCCGAGGGUACCAAGUAUAGCUAUUAUACGUCGGAGACCGAGAAGUAUAUAAAUUAUAAGGAUUACUUGUACGAUUAUUCUUAUUGUAUCGUCGCUCGUGAGCACAACUGCUCCAUGAGUUUGGUUGCUAAUUCUACGAGAGAUGGUAACCAUGCUAGUACUGGUGACGAAGUCACUGUUCUAGCCUACGUCCAACCGAAUUAUAGCAUGGGAUCUAAGAUUAAUCAUUUGGAUGUCACGUUUGGAAGCUACGAAGAAGGAGAGAGAGACAAGUCGUUCUUCAUCUGCUGGUGCCUCUUUGUGAUGGGGGUCCUAGUUCUAGUGAUGAGUUUGCUCUCUUUUGCAUUGUGGGCGUGUUUUUGUUUUCGUAGAAACAAGAGAAGAUUUGGCAUUAGCUACAAGGGUAGGGCAGCUGUUAACUAAAGAGAGAGAGAGAGAGAGGAAAAGACUAGACUGACAUUGUACAUGUAUUAUUAUUAUUAUUAUGUGAUGAUUGAUCUUAAUCCUCUUUACUCUUGACUUU